UUUGAAUCCUGAAUUGGGGAUUUUAUGACCCUUCGGUUUCGUGGGAUCGAAUUUUGAAUUUCUAGGGUUAUGGUUCCUUCUGUUUUAGACCAAUGGACGGCAUGAGCAGUUACCACAAACGCAGCGCCCGUUUAAACCUUUGUGAAAACUCCAGUUUCUCACAUUCAUCAAGAGCCAUGGCUCCAGGAAAUUACCGUUACCCAGAAGUGAGAUCACCGUUGCGGAGACAAGUUCAUGCGCCUUCGCGGAUCCUCAAGAGCGGACUCUCUGCUAGGACAGGACAGGUAGGUCGAGACCGUAGCACGCGACAAGUUUCUGGUAAUGGGUUUGGAGCGGAUUUUCUCACAAGGAACUAUGACAUGGUUAGACGAGAUGCACUUGAUUUUUCUAUACCCUAUAGAACGGAUAGAGAAAUGUUUGACGUUGACGAUGAGUGUGGAGAUGUGGAAAUGAUACAUAGUGAUACAAGUAUGGAGUGUGUCGAAAACGUGGCUAUGGAGGUGGACGAGGUGGAAGAGAAGGCAGAUAUGGGAUCUGAGGUUGUUAAUCUGAAAAAUAGGAGCUUGAUGGUGGGUGAUGGUUCUCAAGCUAAUAGUUCACUUGUUUUGAAUCGCCCUGUGACCGAUGUCUCCAGUUAUGAAGCAUACAGAAAGGUUCUGGAGAGUGCCAAGGACCGGACUUCCAAACUGAAAGACAGAGGCUUUGGCGGUUAUUUGAAAGAGAGAAGUCGUGCUUUACUGCGACGCUUUUUUUCUUUUUGGAAACGAGAUGAAGAACCAGCAGAGGAUGUACAACGUGAAGCAUUUCUGCCUCUUUCUAGAGAGGAAGAGACGGCAGUCAAGCGUGUAUUCCUAGCUAAUGACUCGAACAUCUUGGUUGCACAUAAGAACUCAAAUAUUGACAUUACAGGGGAAAUCCUGAGGUGCCUUAGACCAGGUGAAUGGUUGAAUGAUGAGGUCAUUAAUCUUUAUCUGGUAUUGCUGAAAGACAGGGAAGCUAGAGAACCAAAGAAGUUUCUAAAAUGCCAUUUUUUCAAUACAUUUUUCUUCACUAAGCUAGUUAAUUCGGGGACUGGAUACAACUAUGGUGCAGUCAGAAGAUGGACUUCAAUGAAGAGGUUGGGCUACCACCUCAAAGACUGUGACAAGAUAUUUAUCCCUAUCCAUAUGAACAUCCACUGGACGUUGGCUGUAAUAAAUAUAAAGGACCGGAAAUUCCAGUAUCUCGACUCAUUCAAAGGAAGGGAGCCUAAAAUACUCGAUGCACUGGCUAGAUAUUUUGUGGAUGAAGUUAAUGACAAGAGUGAAGUAGACCUUGAUGUAAGUGGAUGGAGACAAGAAUUUGUCCAGGACCUUCCGAUGCAGAGAAACGGAUUCGAUUGUGGAAUGUUUAUGCUGAAGUACAUAGACUUCUACAGCAGAGGUCUGGAACUUUGUUUCACGCAGGAACAAAUGCCAUAUUUCCGGGAUAGGACAGCGAAGGAGAUUCUGCAACUGAAAGCUGAGUGAGUGAUGCCACAGCAAAAUAAGGAAACUCUUGAAGAAUAGUUUUGAAAGGCCUUCUUCUUCAUGUAGAUAGAUAGUGUUGAGAAAGUAAGAUGCAUUUAUGUCACGUGUUUGAUGUACAUAGAAAUAACACGAUGUGGUUGGUUAUCUGAUGAUGAGGCUUGAUAGUGAAAAUCGGAUAAUUGAUAAAAGAUUCUAUUUUCACCACCAGGAACUCUAAUUUUGAUAUUAUAUUUGUAGUUUGUAACAUGAAGGGUACGAAUAAAAAGGGAUACGCAUUAUUUAUUAUUA